CCCGGUUGCUGGACGCCGUUAUGAUCUCUUGGGAAAUAUAAAGCUGCACCUAAGCACCAAAUCGAGGUUGCUGUUCUUGGUACGAAAUAGUUCAGUGUUCCUAUCUUGUCACGAUGCGCUCCGCCUUCGCUCUUCCCUUUGCAGGGCUUGCGCUUGCAUCAUCGAGCACGCUCCAAAACAUCCUUAAGAAUACUGAACAGACCAACAAGUACACUUACCCUACUGACUUCACACGGGGAAUCCUGCCGAAACCGUUCCACAGCCAUAACGAUUACUGGAGGGAUGUACCUUUCUACUCUGGUCUAUCAUACGGCGCAAUCUCAACCGAAGCAGACGUCUGGCUGAUCAACGGCACCCUUUAUGUCGGCCAUGAACGCCAGGCUCUCAGCAAGGAGCGAACGCUGGAGUCCCUCUACAUCAAUCCGAUCCUUGACACCUUGCAUCGCCAAAAUCCCGUGACAGAGUUCUCCACCGAAAAGACAUUCAAUGGCGUCUACGACACCUCAAGUGCGCAGACUCUGUAUUUCUUCAUCGAUCUUAAGACUUCCGGUCCGGAGACCUGGCCGGCGGUUCUAUCUGCGCUCGAACCCCUGCGAAAAGCAGGCUAUCUCUCCACUUAUAACGGAACGGGAUUUACUUCCAAACCCAUCACUGUGAUUGGAACCGGCAACACGCCGAUCUGGCUUGUGCAGUCUGCCGUCCCGCGCGAUGCUUUCUACGACGCACCGUUGGCCCAGUUGGGUGGCGCAUUCUCGAACAUCACGGCGAAUGACUCUCCGAUUGCUAGUACGAAUUUUGAGGCAAGUUUUGGGGAAGUCCGCACGGAGAGCUUCAAUGAUACGCAGCUGGAGACUCUGCGUGAGCAGCUGAAGGUGGCCCAUGACAAGGGGAUCAAGGCGCGAUACUGGAAUCAGCCAGGUUUCCCCAUUGGGACGAGGAAUGCGGUUUGGAGGACAUUGUAUAAUGAGGGAGCUGAUUUCAUUAACGUUGAUGACCUCGAGGGCGCAGCUGGAUUCUGGGAGAGUCAUGGAUAGAUGAGGUGAAUUUGUCGAGGUUAUCAGACCUUGAGGGUGAUGUGCAAUGUAGAGCCAUGCCUUUGUACGUGGUAUACAACAGUGCCACCAUGCAAUCGUAAUGUAAUUGAUGC